GUUUUGGAUGACCCGUCGUGUCAAGUUACCUGUUACCUCGAAACUCAGGCGUGCUCUCGGCGAAAUACUUGUUUACUUACCUGAGUGAGAACGGAGGGCUGUAUACUAGUGCUACUAUUAGUCUUUGCAUCUGUUUUCCCUUUCGCACUAAAUAGGCCGAAAUAGGCCUUGAGUACUCAAUAAUAUACUUUUCCUUUAAAUGGAUUGGUCUUGCAGAUGUCUCGUGUUGCAGAAAGGAAGAAUUAGAAAAGAAGGAAACUGACUGGAAGACGUACGUAAAAAGUUGAUUGAUCCCAUUGUGGAGCAGGAUAAAGCAAGAAGUCUGACACUUGUCCUUUAAAGAUACCACAAAGUCCAUGGUGGACCUCCAUGAUGCCAGGGCCCAUCUGAAGCUUCACAGGGUGCCCAUGUAAACUGUCUCGUCUGUCCCGUAGGAGGGAAUGGGAUGUGCGAUGAGGAGGUAACAGAGGGCCCAGAGGCCCAGGUUGGGAUGGACACGUACGUGGAAUCCACCACCUGGCAUUGCGCCGAGCGCCAUCUACCCAGUUCACCAUAUGUCCAUGACAACCUCCAUGACUGGCUGUCAGUGGGACCUUUGAGCCAAGAUGGUGGCACUUCUGUGGAUAGAUCCAUCCAGCUGGAGGAGAUGUGGACGCUGUGGCGUGAAUUCAUGACGGCGCACUCCCAUUUUGAGGAUUGGCUGCAACUGGCAGAAAAGUCAACUGCUUCCCCAAACUCCUCCCAUGUCUGUUAUGUUACUGCCAAACAGGAGCUAAAGAAAUUUGAGACUCUGCGGUCCGAGAGCAGAGCCCGCCUGGCGCAGCUGGACGCCCUGACGCAGCGGCAGCGGGUCCUGACCCGCCGCUUUGGGGGCCCGGUGGCCAGGAGGUCGGUUGGCAUGGUGCGGGAAUGCUGCCAGCGCUGGGACCUGGUCAGCGAGGCAGUGGAUGGCAUCUGCCGUCAGCUAAAGCGCUCUGUGUCUCAGCGGGAGGAGUUUGAGAACCAGCGGGAGGAGAUGGCGAUCUGGCUGGCGGACAUGAACCUGCGGCUUACGGAGGUGGAGCACUUCUCUGGGAAAGACAACCAUGAGAAGAUGCGGCAGCUGCAGAACUUUCAGGAUGCAGUGGGGGAAAACACGGUGCGGCUGAACAGGCUCCUGGAGUGGGGCGAGGCUCUCGUCCAGGAGAGUGAGCCGGCCGACGCCCAGGACAUCGAGGCGGGCCUGCAGGACCUGCUGCUCUACUGUGCCUGCGUUUUCGAAGGGGUGGGCCAGCUCCACACCCGGCUUCUCAGCAUGAGGCUGGUGUUUGAGGAGGACUGGUUAUUGGCCCCGCCCCCUGACUCGGGAUGCCCUUCUGAGAUCCCACAGGAGGAUGAAGACGCGACUGAGCGGGGCAGCCUGUCCAACCUGCGAGGCCCCCAGGCCCCAUCCGGCUCAGACCACCUGGUCCUGGAAUGGGACCCCUCUGUGGAUGUAGGGGGGUCUGUUUCAUUUGAUGAUGCUGACUCCUCAUACUUCAGUGCCAUAACAGGGUUGCACUACACAGAGGAGUCGCCAUCCAAACAUGCCAAGAGAAGGAGUUACCUGAGCUCCGAUGGGUCCAGGUCAGAUAUGACCAUGGACGGGACACCAGAUAUGAGCACAGACGGCAAUGCGGAGCAUGCAAGCCCCGUCUCAUUUGCCCAGACCCUGGCCCCCGGUGCCAAAGAGGAAGAUAAUCUCCAUCUGAGCCCCCAGAAGACCUCCACGCCCGGCAAACACCUACCUGAGCUUGCGACCUUUGACCCAGAGCGCAUUAGCACCUGGCUCGGCCACAUCCCAGCCAUUCAUGAGCGAACGCCCUGUUCCAAAGCCGUACAGACUGGGCUUGCUCAAAAGAUGCCAUGGCUUAGCCCUAGCUUUGAGGAGUGUCAUACGCCUUGCCCCCCCCUAUCAGGGGACUGUGAGCCCCUCCAUGUUGGAACAAACUGCAGAGGACCCCCAAACCCUCUGCCUGCUGAGGAGAAACGGUGCCAGCGGGGGGCCUUGUUGGAGGCCGAGAUUGAUGCUGAACAGCGGCGCAGUGAGGGGCCAUUGUGGAGGAAAGGCUUUGGCCCCUGGCUGCAGGGGGCCCCGCGGCUCGCCUGGCUCCUCAGGGCCUCCGUCCUGCUCUACGCCCUAAUGGCCCUGCUGCUCGCGCUCUUCAUCUGGCUCCUGCCUGGCGCCCACGUCCCCGCCUGCCGCCACGGCAACACCCUCAACCGCUCCUUCCACCUCCUGCUGCGCUACGUCAAUGGGCCCCCGCCCACAUGAGGGCAGAGGACCCCGCCACUCCACCCCCGCCAGCACCUGCCAGUGCCCCCACCCCCCCACCCCCCCCUUGCAAAACCAACAGAGAAAACAGACUGGCAUGGCAUAAUGGUGCACUGGUUUGGGCACUGGACACUAACCAGAAGAUUUGCAUGUUUGAAUCCCUGGUGUUGAUCCACUUGGCCAAGUGUUUAAACUGAAUUACCUCAGCAAAAUAUUUGGCAUGACAACAUAAUUGAGUGAUAAACCACGUACGUCACCCUGUAUAAGAAGGUUUAAGGCCAGUGCAUAAUGAAAUCUAAUGUCAGCAAUGAUUUGAUUGAACAGCUGGUGCAAAAUUACCCAUCAUCCCUUUGCCUGUAAUAAGCAUGGUGUAGUAGUCUACACAGAGAGGAUUCUGAACAGCCAGUAAGAGUGGUUCUUAAGUUUAGGAAUCCAUUAUAAAAAUGGUUUAUAGUAUUAAUGCCUCUGUAUAAUAAAUUGAAACAGCUGUCCUAAUAAGCAUUAGGUUUGUGAGGGAUUAUCUGAUGAUUACUAUUAUCCAGAAAAAAAGCCUAUUGUUUAUCAUGUCAUUCUUAACAAUUUAAUUACUUGAAUGUUAACGACAGAAAAAGACAGCCUGGUAUAAUUUGAAGUAGUCGUACAUCAGCAGAAGUGUCCUGCACCUGAUAUUAUGAAGUGCCUGAGCCUGGAGUUAAUGUUGUAAAUGCUGGGGCAUUGAUGGGGCACUCCUGUGACUGCAGGGAUUGCAUUGUCACCCUGCCUUGCUUUGCUGAUGAUGCUGGAGUAAUACUCAUAGGGUGUGAUAAAACUGUGUGUGUGUGUGUGUGUGUGUGUGUGUGUGUGCGCGUGUUGGGGGGAGGGGUUGAAAUGAGCUUUUGAUGCACAGUCAAUGAACUGGCCCAUCUGGUGCGACACCAAGAGACCCAGCGGGAAAAAUUAUUUAUUGCCUUUUAUACAUCAUCAGUGAACACCUCACAUUUAUGGGCAGUCUGUCAAGAGGCAGCAGGACUCCUGAGUGAUAAUAGGGUCUGACGUGCUGUGUCGCUGUGCGUUAUUAUUGAGUGAACGUUAAUGCACAUCACCAUACGCAUGAAAGUAUGUCCCCAUGCUGAACUAAGAGUAGUGUUGAAAAGAUGCAUUGUAUUUGGUGAAAUUAACAGCGAUAAGCAACUAUCCUUGCACAUGCUUAGUGUGUAGUUGGAAUGAGCUAGUUUACUGUUGGGUCUUUUGCUAGUCUUGAUUUUUAGCUGCCUUAAAAACUCUCGCCUUUGUUUGGAACAGAUUCUGCAUGAACAGAUGAACCACUGCCUUUUAGUGGUCUGACCCUUUGUCUUGUGAGUUGCACCUAUUAAGAUGUAGCAGAGCUUUAACUCCAGAUAUCUUGGCAUACUGGAGAUGAUGCCAUUUUUCUAUUGUAUUGUUUUCUUGCACUUUUAGAAAAUUUGUAUUUUUAUUUUGACUCAUGAGAUUAACUACAUUUGUGUUAUGAAAUAAAAUAAGUUGAAUAAGAAUGAA